GCUCUCCUCUUCCAGAAUGUCCCACUUCUGUAACCUUUUUCUUUCCCUGGCCUUGUUCUGUUCUUCAGUUUCUCUUUCAUCUCGUACAUCCCUCCAAAAAUAGAAACCUUAAUCAAGCAAACCGAAGCUCUUAACUUGAUGACAUCCCCAAAUGAAAAUUUUGACCAUUUUCAAAGCAGAAUCAGAAGCUUAAUGGCAGCAACAAUCAAUGAAACCCCACGGCUGAGAAUUUGAACCUGGAAGAAAACCUCCAGUUUGAACUUCAAGAACAACUCAAGAGGGAGGAGGAGAUCUUAUGGAAGCAGAAAUCAAGGGAAACCUGACUUACCUCUGAAUAAUGGACCAGACUUUUCGUUGGUCAAAGGAAUAGAAGAGCUUGUAUGCUUAUUUGCUUUUGAAGAACAUGAUGAUAGACCAGAGAAAUACAGUAUACCAUUCUUCAAAUACUAAUCUUUACCCUCUUCCAAUUCUCAAAAAGAGUUGCAAACAUUAGUUUAAUUUAGUUGCGUGUAUCCUGGUUCAAGGGACGUGAGUUUCACUGGUUCAAUGCAGGCCCAAUUUACUUGUGUAGUCAAGUCCAACGAAAAGUAAAGACUCAAGAGUAAUCCGGAUGUCCUGGGAUGCAGCUAGAAUUCUCGUACUGAGAGGCAUUAAGAAAUGGUCAAAAGGGAAUGACUUUCUAAGGAGAAUUACUUAUUUGAACAACUUCAAAGUCUCUAAAGCAUCAUACAAAUAUGAAAAAAAAAAACUUGUUGAAUCACCCACAAAAUGCAGCCAUACCCAACGUAAUUUCAGCAGGAAGUCCCGCGAGUUAUUAGCCGAUUGUUGGAGUCUGGUCAGAAGUGGAGGUUUCAAUAAGUGAAGAUCAUAAAGGAAACCAUGACAGAAACUGUUGUUGCCCUUGUCAUCAACGAGCUGGUUCAGUUGAUCAUUCAUGAAUCAAAACUGCUAAGGGGUGUCCACCAGAAAGUUGUGGACAUUAAAGAUGAACUGGAAAGUAUCCAGUGUUUCCUCAAAGAUGCAGAUAAAGGAGACCUCCAAGAUGGCAUCAAAAUUUGGGUGAAACAAGUGAGAGACGCAGCCUAUCAUAUAGAAGAUGUAAUAGAUGAAUACGUUCUUCACGUGGCACAACGUCGUCAUCAGCAAAGUUUUAUUGCUUUCCUUCAUAAAAUUGGUCGGUUAUUGAAAAAACUAAAACCACAUCAUGACAUAGCUACCAAGAUUCAAGAUAUCAAAAUUUUAGUCCGUGAAAUCAAAGAACGAAGUGAAAGAUAUGGUGUUAGUUCCUCAAAGCAAGGAUCAAGUAGCAGUACAACAAAUGUUACAUGGCAUGACCCUCGAGUGGGUUCACUUUUCAUUGAGGGAAAUGAAGUUGUGGGUAUUGAGUCUAUGAGGGAUGAACUUGUAAGCUGGCUAGUAGGGGGAGCAUCUAAACGCUUUGUGAUUUCAGUGGUAGGCUUGGGUGGAAUUGGUAAGACAACUCUUGCUAAGAAAGUAUUCGAGAAUAAAUCAGUGAAGGAACAUUUUGACUGCUGUGUUUGGAUCACUGUAUCUCAAUCAUACAACGUGCAGAAGAUACUCAUGUCCAUGACAAAGCAAAUCUACCUGGCAAAAGAAAUGGCUCUGAGGCAAAUAGACAUGACAGACGAGAUCUCACUAAUUAGCCAGCUUAGAAAAUAUUUACAACAAAAGAGGUAUGUUGUGGUUUUUGAUGAUGUCUGGAAGACAGAGUUCUGGGAAAUUGUGAAACAUGCUUUACCAUGCAAUGACAGAGGCAGCAGAAUUAUCAUCACAACACGCAGUGAUCUGAUUGGUGUUUCUUGUAAAGAAUAUUUCUACGACCAUGUCUACAAGCUACAACCUUUAUCUCAAGACAAGGCCUGGGAAUUGUUUUGCAUAAAGGCAUUCGGGAGCGAGUUUCAAGGAUGUUGUCCCAAAGAAUUGGUGAGAUUGUCGAUGGACAUUGUCAAAAAAUGUGAGGGCCUGCCACUUGCAAUUGUUGCCAUAGGUGGCCUUCUGUCAACAAAGGAGAAGGUGCCAUCAGAAUGGAAAAAGUUGCAUGAUAGCCUCAGUUCUGAACUAGAAUGCAAUCCUCACCUUACAAGUAUCACAAAAAUUCUCUCUCUCAGUUAUCAUGAUCUACCAUGCUACCUAAAGUCUUGUUACUUAUACUUUGGCAAUUUUCCGGAGGACUACUCAAUCACUUGUCCAAGAUUACUUCGACUAUGGGUAGCUGAGGGCUUUAUAAAAGGAAAGAAGGGCAAAUCAUUGGAAGAUGUGGUAGAAGAAUACUUCAAGGAGCUCAUCCACAGAAACUUGGUUCAAGUUUCAUUUGGGGAGCUUGAUUAUGAGAUACUUAGAAAGUACAGAAUCCAUGAUCUGCUGCAUGAAAUCAUCCUAUUGAAGGCUGGAGAGUUGAAUUUUUGUCAAGUUCUGGAAGCAGGUGACACAACUUUUCAUGGAAAAAGUCGGUGCCUAUCAAUCCACGAUGCUAGAGAAAAUGUUUUUGAGACAAGUGAGUACUCUCGGAUUCGUUCUAUUUUUCUCUUCAACAUUAAUGAAAUUCCUAGGUCUUUCAUAGUUAAAUUGUUCAAAAAGUUCAAGCUUUUGAAAGUGUUGGAUUUUGAAGAUGCUCCUAUUGAUUAUCUUCCUCAAGAAGUGGGUAAUUUAUUCCACUUGAAGCACUUAAGUUUGAGGAGAACAAAAGUGAAGAUACUUCCAAAGUCAGUGGGUAGGCUACAGAACCUACAGACACUAAACAUCUUGGAAACCACAAUGCGUGAGCUACCCAUUGAGAUAUUUAGGCUUUAUAAGCUGAGACAUAUUUUGGCUCAUUCAGAUGAUAUUGAAAUAAAAAGUAACUUUUAUUCAUUGAAAGGAGUAAAAGUACAUAAAGGGGUUGGAUGUUUAAACGACUUGCAAACGCUAUCACUUAUUGAGGCAAAUCAUCAUGGGGUUGGUCUAUUUGAAGAGCUUGGAAAGUUGAGUCAGUUAAGGAUGUUGGGCAUUUCAAAUAUGACUGCAGAACGUGGGAGGGCUCUAUGUAUCUCCAUACAAAAUCUGGCCCACCUUAAAAUUUUGAUUGUAGGCUCAAUCAGUGAAGAUGAGAAUAUAGACUUACAAUCAAUUUCAUCACCACCUCCAUUUCUAGAGCAUCUCUCUCUAAAAGGGCGAUUGGAGAGGUUGCCCAAUUGGAUUUCAAAGCUUCUGAAUUUGGUCACACUAAUCUUAUUUUUCUCAUCAUUAGAGGAAGAUCCAUUGCCAUGUGUCCAGGCUUUGCCUAAUCUAGUUACCCUUUCCCUCACUCAUGCAUAUGUUGGGGAGGAGCUUCAUUUUGAGGAAGGUAGUUUUUGAAAACUCAACAGGCUCACUCUCAAAGAUUUGAAUAAAUUGAAGAUGGUGAAAAUAGACAGAGGAUCACUGCUCAGUCUUGAGCAACUAGAGAUUGGGCCUUGCCCGCAGAUGAAGGAGAUACCCUUUGGAAUCCAGCACCUGAAAAGCCUAAAGACUCUCGACUUCUAUGAAAUGAAGGGAGAAUUUGUGCUAAAUAUGCAGCCAGAUGGAGGCAAAGAUUAUUGGAAAGUCAAGAAAGUAACUACUAUCUAUUUCAGGUAUUGGAUUAAAGGAGAACGAUAUCAAAAAUACAAGCUCGGUGACUCAGACUUGUUGGAGCUUCUACAAGGGUGAGUCUUGGAGGAUCAAACUACCAUGCAGUUUUAGUGAUGAACAAGGUAUGCACCUCUAGGCCACAAGACUUCCAUGAAAAUUUUGUAGUUGUGUCAUAUGUAAUGAUAAAAUUCUUCACAUUGUAGCUGACUAACCAAAUUUCCAUGGUUAAUAUGAGUUGCAUUGGCCGAUAAGUUCCAACAUAGGCUACAGUUUGAAUUGUUACC